UUAUAAUUCAUUUAUAAUGAAAUAUCGCAAUAUUUUAUUAUAUAAUAAAUAGAUUAAAUCUAUUGAAUUGUAAUAUAUCAUACAAACACAAAUUGUUUCAUUUCAACCGGAUUUAAAAGUUUUAAUUUAAACACUGUAUUUUAUCAUGUUAUUUUUAAUUUAGUUUUUUAAUUGUUGUAAUAUGGGUGCUGGACUUUCCUCCCACUACGGUUUAAAAAAUAAAUACGUAAAGGAGAGGCUGAAAAAAUUCGAUCCAAAUGAGAUCGAAAUGCUUUAUAAAAUUUAUAAAGAACUCUCCAGUAGAUCAUCAUCAAAUGGUAUAGAUAAAGAAACCUUUUUGCAGUAUUUUAACCUUCCAGGGCUUUGGGGAGAACAAUUGUUCAGAAAGUUCGAUUGCAACUACUCCGGAGCCGUUGAACUGGAAGAGUUCUUGCUCGGAAUAUCUGUUUCAUGUAGAGGAACGAGGUCCGAGAAGAUUUUUGUUCUGUUCAAGUUAUUUGACUUGAACAACGAUAAUUUAAUUCACAAGUUUGAGCUGAUGACCAUGCUCUCAAACUUUCCGCAGAUAUCAAAAUAUUUGUACACGUCAAUUGACAAAUCUGACUCAAUAUUUAACACGAGGAAUCGAAAUUUAAAGAUACUUGACAGGAACUUUACGCUAAAUUCUAGAAUCCUCAAUUCCUUCUCAUCAAAUGAUAACCAUGGAGAAAAUUCCAACCGCGAUACGCCAACUAAUAAAUUAUAUCACAUCAAUGAAAGAGAACUGAAGAAGCCUGUCGAGACCGACGUUUCCGCAUCAUCAUCGACGAGUUCGACUACUAAAGUGCAUAGAAACACAACUCGCAAGAAUGAUUUCAACGCGAGAUCGCUGACAGACUUUUCAUUCGAUUCAAAAUCACUGACCCUGUAUAUAAAUAAUUACUAUAAGGACUGCAGUGAUAACUACGAGAAUUUUAACUACAUAACUCCAAAUCAUAGGAAGAGUAAUGCCAAACUGACAAAACGAUCAUACUCACUGACGAAUUUAGAUAAACAAAACAACGUCUCAGAGUACCAGCCGAACAAGUAUGAUUUGUAUCUGGAGAACUUUGACUCGUCAUCGUUUGAGGCGUCAGAGCCGGAUGACGAUUUUAGCAAGUGUGACGACUCAAACUCUAUGAUAGAUACAUGGAACGACGAGGAGUUCCCAGACGUCAAUAGCUAUGCAACAAACGAAGAGGACUCAAUGUUUUUAAUAAAGUCAAUCAUUAAUGAAUAUGAAGAGAAUGAAGACUUGGAAAGAGCGACGAUGGACCUGGAGAUGUUGGUUGACCACAUAUUUGAGGAAUGCGAAUUCAACGAAACAGGGUCGCUGAACUUUCAAAAGUUUAAAGCAUGGCUUGAAAAAAACGAUUCCAUACUGACGAUGUUCUCAGAAUGUCUACAUGAGGAGGUUUGGGGACUUGACGGGAAUGCAUUUCACCGAGAGAAGAGCUUCUCAGGAGACGCAUUUGAUAAGAUCAGCCAUGCACUUAUGAACUCACACGAAGAAAAGAAUGACCAUGAAAACGGCUUGAUAAAGAAGGAUAUGGAGUUUGACGAAAACACAAUCAGGACAAUAUAUCAGAUUUUCCUAGUUAAGGGCAAGCACCCGUUUGCAUAUACGCUGGAAAAUAACCCAAACUCGCUAGUUAGCGAAGAGCUCGUAGAACACAUGAAGACUAUGAAUAAUUUCAUGGUGCCGCCGCUGGGAAUGAAUCACAGGAAUCAUACAAGAGAUGAAUCUGUGGAAACGGGAGACAGAUUCUUUCAUGAAAUUUUUGCAUGUCCCAACUGCAAGACGCCGUUCCUGAUGUGCCCAGUCUGUUACAAGAAGCAUAACGCCCUUUCACUCCACAUUGAAUUAAACAACGUGUACAUAACUUGCUCAGAGUGCUGUUCGUCAAAUGAAAAGGGGAUUGGAGUGUUUACUUCAUGUUGGAUUUGCUGCUGGUCAUUUAACGACAUUUUCACCUCGCAGUCCUGGAAGCAGAGAUCUGACAGCAUUGAAACAAUGUCCUCAAGCCAGUCGGUAGGAAGAAGCAGUAAAGAUAGUAGUGAACUGAAGAUAAGUUCAAGUUCCUGUUUUGAGAAGAGCAGUUCAAAGUUCGAUGAUGAUAAUGAUAACCUAAACUUUAAUAUAACUACAAAGGCAGGAGUAAUGUUUAAGAUUGGGAAGACACUACACCAGUGGAAGUCAAGAUAUUAUGUUCUGAUAGGUAAUAUUUUAUACUACUACAAGGAUAAAUCAAGCACAAGACCGAGAGGUUGUAUAUUCCUAGAAGGUUGUUACCUGCAUUCGUUAAGAAAGAGAAGAAUUGGAAACAAAUAUGGGUUUUCAAUAUUCCACAAGGGAACUAAGAUAUCGAAAAGAGAUUUUUAUGUCGAUACAAUGUCAGACUUUCUAGAUUGGGUUGAAGUGUUGACUCAUGCAAUGAAACAGCAAACGAUUGCAAACAAGUAUGAAAUAUGCGAAGCACUAGGACAAGGAAAGUUUAGUGUUGUUUACAGAGGCGUUUCGAGGAAAACGGGAGUGGAAUAUGCGGUUAAAAUCAUUGACAAGAAUAAAAUAACACACCAGGAACGAGAAUUGCUCAGGAGCGAAAUCUCAAUCCUCAAGCUUCUAAAGCAUAACAAUGUUAUAUACUUGAAGGAAAUAAUAGAUAUGAAGGAUACUCUGUAUAUAAUAAUGGAACUGGUGAGAGGAGGAGAAUUGUAUGAUUUAAUACAUUCGGAGCAUAGGUUGUCAGAAUCUCAUACUCACAGAAUUAUCUCACAGCUGUUGCAAACUGUGGCAUAUCUGCAUAACUGCGGAAUUGUCCACAGAGACCUUAAACCAGAGAAUCUGUUAUUGACAGAUAAAACUGAGCUGGCCUCAAUUAAGUUAACAGACUUUGGUCUAUCAACUCUUUGUGGACCAAAUGAUAUACUAAUUCAGCCCUGCGGAACACUUGCAUACGUAGCUCCAGAGGUGCUGACGAUGCAGGGAUAUAACCAAAAGUCUGAUGUGUGGUCAAUAGGCGUGAUAAUGUAUCUGUUGAUAAGAGGAAGACUUCCAUUCCCAAUCAAGAGAGCAAACACAGUUAAUAUAUCAGACCACUAUAAACUAACAUUUGAUGGACCAAUUUGGAAAUCCACAUCAUCUUCAGCCAGAGAUUUAAUAAAGAAAUUGCUUGAAAUUGAUCCAAUUAGGAGAAUAUCAGUGUUUGAAGCUCUGGAUCACAUUUGGGUGAAGAACUUUGUAGCUGUGGAUCACGACUCACCCAAAAUCAGCAACCUGAGUAACCAGGUAUACAAUGAUGAAUUUUAUCAAAGUUUGACUAAGGAUAAUGACAAUACGUUUGUUCUCCCCUACUCUGAAACCUGCAACAAUAACCUCAAGAAACUUGAUGUUUUGCAAAAUGUCAUGAACUCGCCAAACUAUUCAAUUAUUUCACAAAGUACGAAUUCUCCAAGAGAUUUGAGAAACUCAAGUAGUAAUGAAAGAAAUUCACCAAAAAAGGUGAGAAUUUAAAGUUUUAAACAUAAAAAUUUUAAUUUAAUACAAAU